UCCAUUGGCUUAGGUGGCUUAGUUGUCUACGCGCUUAGGUGUCUACGCCUUGGCUUAGGUGUCUACAUGCUUGGGGGCGCGGCCCCGACGCAAGCUGAGCCUCCCCUCCGCAGCCUGGAGCCGCGGUGACAGCGCUGACGGUUGUUGUUUUUCACUUGUCUGUGUCCCGUGUUCUUGGGCUCCAGCAGCUGCAGCCCGCGCGGGACACAAGGAGGGUGGCCCAGAUGGGACGUGGGGUGAUUAGCCCUGACCCACGGGAUCUGGACGAAGUGUGGCUCCCAGCUCCUCCGACUGCGCUGCCUCCGAUCCAUCCCGCCAAGUGACAGUUUGCUUUCUUCCUUCCCCAAACCCUCAAGAAGAAGACCUCUGUUGAACACAGACUACAGUUCCAGCCACCACAGCUAAUCUGGAUCAUAAAUCAACCUCAUGAAUGGGAGCCACCAUGGUCUUGACAAGUCCAGAAACAUAUAGCUGAGUAGUUCAUCUACAAAAGAGAUUUGUGUUUUAUUGAGUUAAAAGAAGUAUUUAGCUCUAUCUCAAACCCCUCCUCUUGCACAACCAACCCCCAUUAUAAAAGGAAGUGCAAAAUGGAAUAAAUUGAUUUUAAGUUACAUGUGAGGAUAAUUUACUAAAACAUUAAGCUAUGCAGAAAAACUCCAAGAGAAGCAAUAAUUCAAGAGUUUCUCACACAGACACGAACUCUGUGGAUGCUAAGAAGGAAAAACAUGAGAGUCAAAACAACUUUGUUGACCUGCUGCCUGAAGAAAUCAGUUUAAAAAUUUUCAGUCAGCUGGACAUACGGAGUUUGUGCAGGGCUUCCUUGACAUGCAGGAGCUGGAAUGACACAGUAAGAAACAAUGACUCUUUAUGGAAACCUCACUGCAUGACUCUAAGAGCUGUGUGCCGAAGAGAAAUAGAUGAUGAUUUAGAAAGUGGUUAUUCUUGGAGGGUAAUACUCCUGAGGAAUUACCAGAAGAGUAAAGUGAAACACGAAUGGCUAAGUGGCAGAUAUAGCAACAUUUGUUCUUCCAUUAGCCUACCAGAAAAAAUCAUGUACCCAAUGGAUGCAGAUACAUGGGGGGAAAUUCUAGAAGCAGAACUGGAAAGAUAAGGGGGAAAAAUUCACAAACAGAUCUCAGGUCUUUGAGAGUUUAAAACUCAAAUGACUCUUAGGUUGCAAAAGGAAUAUCUUUAUUUGUUCAUUUUGUUGUUGUUCACCUUUUUAAAAGAAAAGAAAAUAGAAAAUAUUAUAAAAGUAAAGCUUUAUUUUUGUUUUGCACUUUAGUAAAAAAUAUUUUUCUGGUUUUAUUGUAAUGUGGAAAAAUCAUGCAAUGUUA